CGCCUGGCGUUUAAUCGCGGAGCGUUGUCCGCCUGUUUGUUCACAUGAGAUCCAUGCGACUACGCAGGCCAAGAGUCGCUCCCCGUGUGAAAGCCCUCAAGAGAGCCCUUCUGUCACAUCUACUGCAGUCAGAUUCGCUGUGUCCCCUCGGAAGGAAUCACUGCACAUGGACAACUACGGGUUGAAAUCGACCGGAAUUCUCCUGUAAGGGCGUAGAACAUUACGAUGGAUGUAUAUGAUGGCCAGUCUAACGUUUUAUGUCUCAUACUUGGCCAAUAGAGCUGAGUGUGAUCUGAUGGGAACUGCAGCACAUCCAGGGAGGGGCACUUAAAGUGAAAGUAAGACGGCCGACUCCAUUUUACACUCGACAGAGCAGAGGGAGGACAACAGGCAGGUGUUAAUAGGUUAACUCUCAGACUUGAGAAGAUGCGUGAAUUAGAAGAGGAGGACAGAUCAGCGUCUCCAGUCUCCAGCUGUCUGUCUGUGAAGAGUGACUGGUCCAAAGACAGACCUCCAGACUUCAGUAAUGAACCUAGACCCUCAGACACAAAACGGAGAUCAGCGUCUCCAGUCUCCAGCUGUCUGUCUGUGAAGAGUGACUGGUCCAAAGACAGACCUCCAGACUUCAGUAAUGAACCUAGACCCUCAGACACAAAAAUUAAUCUCCACAGAGAGAAGAAAAGGACUCAUGAUUCUGUGGAGGAGCAGCCGUCCUGCUGUGCUUUGUGUCAGGACGUCCUGAAGGAUCCAGUCUCUACCAGUUGUGGACACGGUUUCUGUAGACAGUGCAUCACCUCAGACUCCUCCUGUCCCCAAUGUGGAAAAAGAUCCAGAACAAUUCCUGGGCUGCAGGAUGUUGUAGUUGGACAUAAAAUCAGUCAGACGACAAGUUGUGAAGGUGUAAUUGAAGGAACUUGUGAAACAGGAAGUAAAACCCUCCUCAACAAGGUCUACACUGAGAUCUACAUCGCAAAGGGACUGAGUGAAGAAGUUAAUACCCAACAUGAGGUGAGGCAGCUCGAGACAGCUUCCGAGAAGAAGAUCCUCCACGACAAUCCAAUCAAGUGCCAUGAAAUCUUUAAAGCCUUACCUGACGAACAGAAACCCAUCAGAGUCAUUCUGAUGAGCGGUGUCGCUGGCGUUGGAAAAACCUUCUCAGUUCAGAAGUUCUGUCUGGACUGGGCCGAGGGUUUGGAAAACCAAGAUAUCAGUCUGGUGAUUCCUCUUUCCUUCAGGGAGCGGAACUUGAUCAAAGAUGAGCAGUACAGUCUUCUGGAGCUGCUCCGUGUUUUUCAUCCAUCUUUACAGAAGCUCACAGCAGAGCAGCUCACUCGCACUAAAGUUCUCUUCAUCUUUGACGGCCUGGAUGAAAGCAGACUUUACCUGGAUUUCAACAACAAUGAGGCUGUUUCUGAUGUCACACAGAAGUCAUCAGUCAACGUGCUGUUGACAAACCUCAUCCAGGGGAAGCUGCUUCCCUCAGCUCUCGUCUGGAUAACUACCCGACCUGCAGCAGCCAAUCAGAUCCCUCCUACAUGUGUUGACAGGGUGACAGAAGUACGAGGCUUCACUGACGACCAGAAGGAGGAGUACUUCAGGAAGAGAGUCAGUGAUGAAGAGCUGUCCAGCAGAAUCUUCUCCCACAUCAAGACAUCCAGGAGCCUCCACAUCAUGUGUGUGAUCCCAGUCUUCUGCUGGAUCACUGCUACAGUUCUGGACCACAUGUUGACUACAGACCAGAGAGGAGAGCUGCCCAAGACCCUGACUGACAUGUACUCACACUUCCUGCUGGUUCAGACAAAGAGGAAGAAGCUCAAGUAUGCUGAGGGACAUGAGACGAGUCCACAGGAGCUGACGGAGGCUGACAGGGAAGUUCUUCUGAAGCUGGGGAGGCUGGCGUUUGAACAGCUGAAGAAAGGAAACAUCAUGUUCUACCAAGAAGACCUGGAGCGCUGUGGUCUGGAUGUCACAGAGGCCUCGCUGUACUCAGGAGUUUGUUCAGAGAUCUUCAAAAGAGAGAGUGUGAUCUUCCAGAAAACAGUCUACUGCUUCGUUCAUCUGAGUGUUCAGGAGUUUCUGUCUGCAGUCUACCUGUUCCACUGUUACACCAACAGGAACACACAGGUACUGAAGGACUUCCUGGAUGUUGAUGAUAAUGAUGAUCCUGAAUAUGAUGUUGAAGAGGAUGUUGAUGAUUGGGACAAUGAUCAUUACCCAUCCCUGGAUGUCUUCCUGGAGAGAGCCAUGGAGAAAUCCCUCAUAAGUAAAAAUGGCCACCUGGACCUGUUUGUCCGCUUCCUUCAUGGCCUCUCUCUGGAGUCCAACCAGAGACUCUUAGGAGACCUGCUGGGUCAGACAGACAACAGUCCAGAAAUCAUUCAGAGUGCCAUCAACAACCUGAAGGAGAUGGACAGUAAUUGGUUCUGUCCUGACAGAACCAUCAACCUCUUCCACUGUCUGACGGAGAUGAACGACCGCUCAGUCCAUCAGGAGAUCCAAGAGUUCCUGAAGUCAGAGAACAGAUCAGAGAAGCAACUCUCUGAGAUCCACUGCUCAACUCUGGCCUACAUGCUGCAGAUGUCAGAGGAGGUUCUGGAUGAGUUGGACCUGGAGAAGUACAACACAUCAGAUGAGGGACGACUGAGACUGAUCCCAGCUGUGGGGAACUGCAGAAAGGCUCGAUUUAUUCAAUGUGGACUCUCAGAGACUCACUGUGAAGUUGUGGCCUCAGCUCUGAAGGCCGACCCCUCUCAUCUGAUAGAGCUGGACAUGACUGCCAAUGACCCCCUGGAGGAUUCAGGAGUGAAGCUUCUGUCUGCUGGAUUGGAAAGUCCAAACUGUAGACUGGAGACUCUGAGAUUGAGGCAAUGCGAUUUGUCAGAGAUCGGUUGUGCUUCUGUGGUCUCUGCUCUGAGGUCCAACCCCUCCCAUCUGAGAGAGCUGGAACUGAGUAACAACAAGAACCUGAAGGAUUCAGGAGUAAAGCUGCUGUGUGGUUUUCUGGAGAAUCCUCACUGUAUACUGGAGACUCUGAGAUUGUGGGGCUGCAGUUUGUCAGAGAUCAGCUGUGCUUCUCUGGUCUCAGCUCUGAAGUCAAACCCCUCCCAUCUCAGAGAUCUGGACCUGAGUUCCAACGAGAACCUGAAGGAUUCAGGAGUGAAACAUCUGUGUGAUUUUCUGGAGAGUUCAAACUGUAGACUGAAGACGCUGGAUUUGGGGAGCUGCAGUUUGUCAAAGAUCGGCUGUGCUUCUCUGGCCUCAGCUCUGAAGUCAAACCCCUCCCAUCUCAGAGAGCUGGACCUGGGAUACAACAAGAACCUGAAGGAUUCAGGAGUGAAGCAGCUGUGUGAUUUUCUGGAGAGUUCAAACUGUAGACUGGAGACUCUGAAAUUGAGUUCAUGCACAUUGUCAGAGAUCAGCUGUGCUUCUCUGGCCUCAGCUCUGAAGGCCAACCCCUCCCAUCUGAGAGAGCUGGUCCUGGGAUACGACAAGCUUAAGGAUUCAGAAGUGAAGCUGCUCUCUGAUCUUGUGGAGAGUCCAAACUGUAGACUGGAGACUCUGAGGAUCAGUAACAAGUGGAUCACAGCUGAGAAACACCAGAAAUGAAUGUCCUUUAAACUGUGGGACAUUCGUCCAGUGAAGACCUCAGGGACUGUGAGCAAGGGAGAGCUACUCAGGAGGGGAGAGCUACUCGGCACAUAUAAUUGAAAACUAUAACUAACUACCCAGCAACUUUCCAGUCCCAUAACAACUGCCCAGUAUCUGACAACUCAAAGCCAACUCAAACCCAAAACAAAGCCAAGUCUAAACCAACCUGAAGCCAUCUCGAUCAAAACCUGUAAAUACCAAAGCCAACUCGAACCCAAAAAACCCAAAGUUGAAGCUAAGUCCUAGCCAGCACGAAGCCAGUUUUCAGAGUAUGUUUGCUAAUUUUGGUUUACAUUCAGUUAGUUUUAAAACACAUUCUGAGAACUAACUCAAACUAAAACUAGCAAACACUCUGAGAACUACACUAAAAUGUGCCCAACCAACAUCUCUUACUUCAGGGUACAGUGCAGAGUAUGAAAUGCAGAUGUAAUAUCAAAUGAUACCACAAGAUGGCAGCGUAAAUCAACUUUAAAAUCACAUCAGUCUGUUCCUGAAGUUACAUACUGUAAACCAGACGUGGAGCUGUGGGCGGGCCUGGAUGUUGCUUAUUUAAUGGAGCUAAAGUUUAUGUUAUGUACGUUGGGGUUGACCUCAGCCUCUUGUUCAGGCACUGAAUAUUCAUUAACAUGUCAUUCCUUUAAAUGUGCUCUGAAUAGAGAGUUGUUUUUUGUUGUUUUGUUAGAGCUACGUGCUCUCUAAUUGAUCUGCCCUAUAGGCUACAAUUUUGCCUUUUUGUGAAUGAUAUGUUCCUGGCUCGGUAGCCAUAGCCUAUGUUAUAGGCUUAUGUAUUUAGCUCAGUUUUGACAGCAGAUGAAAUGUAAACUACAAAAUAAGUAGGCUAAUAAACAAAUCUUUAUGAA